ACUAUAUGUAUAUAUUAGAGUAUGACUUGGAUAUAAUUAUAAAACAGAAAAAACAACCCCUUAACUAAAUAAUUGACCCGGAAGUGAAACAUUUGAAUGGAAUUCUGUCCGUUCCUCCUGGUAUCAGUACGAAUGGUUCCAUCUGAACAGGGGCCAGCGGCGUCCCCCUUCAAGACACAAGAUGGAGCCUCGUCAUGGGAUUCUGAAAGCCUUUCCCAAAGUUAAACGCGCCAAGGUGUUACCUGGAAAAGACGCACCCCCAGUAAAGAAGAAACCUGAUGAAUGUGACAUCACAGGGAACACAUUCAGUGGGAUCACAGUGUACAUCCUGCCUGCUGGAAUAGGAAACGCCAGAUCCCAGAUAUUUCAAAGACAAAUUCAGCAGAAUGGAGGACGGACAGAGAGUUCACUCUGUCCCAGUGUCACUCAUGUUGUUGUAGAUGACAACAUGGACAUGGACAGGGCUCUGCGCUUACUCAAAGUGGCUUGUAUGCCCUCUGGAGUCCAACUGGUGAAAUGCACAUGGCUGAGCCUGUGCAUCAGUGAGAAACAGCUGUUGGAUGUUGCCAGCUACAGCCUGCUUAUACCGCAGAGGGAAUCUGAAACAGUGCAUGAAACUAUUAAGGAAGAGUUGCCGGAUGUCAAGCCUGCUGCAGCAACUAUUUUAGAGCCAGUGUCUGAUCAAACCAAGCCAAAGGAGGCCAUAAACGCGACCGUCCCAGACACCAAAGAGGAAGCACGAGGAGAGGAAGACGGGGUUUCUCAGAGUGACCUGGAAGCUCUCAUCACCGGCCAGCACCCCAAAGAGGAGAGUCCUGGCCCCAGCCUCGACCCCGGUCCGGACUCCGCUGCUCAGAAGGUGGUCUCGGGGAAGUGGGUCUGUGCCCAGUCCUCUCAGUCCAAAACUAAUAACUUCAACAAGCACAUCACAGACAAACUAGAAGUGCUGGCCAAGGCCUACACACACCAGGGGGACAAGUGGAGGGCGCUGAGCUACUCCAAGGCUGUCAACGCUCUGAAGAGUUACCACAAGCCUGUUACAUCGUAUCAGGAGGCUUGUCAGAUACCAGGAAUUGGGAAACGCAUGGCUGACAAAAUUGAUGAGAUCAUGGAGAGCGGUCACUUGCGGAAGCUAGAUCACAUUGGGGAGUCUGUGCCAGUACUGGAGCUUUUUACUAACAUCUGGGGUGCAGGAACUAAGACUGCACAGCUGUGGUACCAACAGGGAUUUCGCACAUUGGAUGACAUCCGCACAAAAGCCCACCUAAGCAAUACUCAGAAAAUAGGACUGAAGCACUACGAUGACUUUCUAGACCGAAUGCCUCGAGAAGAAGCAGCAGCAAUAGAGACCGUGGUGAGGGAUGCUGUCCAGGCCAUAGACCCACACCUGGUGGCGAUGGCAUGUGGCUCCUACCGCCGCGGAAAGGCCACAUGUGGCGACGUUGACGUGCUUAUCUCUCAUCCCGAUGGCAAGUCCCACAAGGGCGUUUUCAGCAAAGUGUUACAGAGCCUCCAUGACAGUGGUUUUUUGACAGAUGACCUUGUUAGCCACGAGGAGAAUGGAGAGCAGAAGAAAUACAUGGGCGUGUGCCGUUUGCCAGGACCCGGCCAGCGCCACCGCAGGCUUGACAUCAUAGUGGUGCCCUACAGCGAGUUCGCCUGCGCGCUCAUGUACUUCACCGGGUCGGCACACUUCAACCGCUCGAUGAGGGCUAUGGCAAAGACAAGAAACAUGAGCUUGUCGGAGCAUUCGCUCAAUGAAAACGUGGUGCGGCAGGGUAGCUUGAAGGUGUAUGGCGGCACUCCACUUGCCACACCGACAGAGAAGGAUGUUUUUCGUGUUUUAGGCAUACCAUACAGGAAGCCUCAUGAAAGGGACUGGUGAUGAACUGCCCAACACGAUGCAUUUGCUGUUUUUAUAGAGAAUGAUGAUGAUGAAUGAUGACGAUUGAGACUGCAAUUAUGCUCAAACAGCAGAUUUUAAGGAUGUUUUACUGCUCCGCAGAUCAUGCAAGAGCCCCUCUUUGACUUGAAUGCUCAUUUUUAAUGUACAAACUAAAGGGUUGAGUUCACUCACAUCUUAUUUUUAUCUUAUCUGUCCCCCCCCAGGUUGUUAAGUGAUAUAUGUGCCAAGAUGUUUUGGCAUCCACCACUGAAAGCUCUGCUGCCAAACCAGUACAAUGAAUUGAAUGUUGUUGUAGCUCCACAGCCCUCAAACAAUAUUACUUUUAGAGACAGCCUUGCUGAUAGAUACAAGGUGCCCUGUGGAGUUCUCUUGUAGACAAAAUUUUUAAUGUUUACAAUCACUUUUACUCACAGUGGCACAUUGUGAGGAUCCUUAAGGACAGUCAAAUGUGUUGAAUGCAUCUCCUUCCUCACAAAAUAUUUGCUAAGACAAUUGUUUAUAUAUAAUUGUUAACACACAUUGUUAACACACAUUUUUACUAGCUAGUAGUUCUCUUCCCUAGAAUCCCUUCAGAUGAUAAAUGUAGAAAAUAAUAAUAAUUGUGUGAACAAUGUGAAACUGGCAGCAGGAAUGUGUAUUAUCAGGAUCAGAAUCGGUAUUCCUUAUUGUCGAUCAUGUGGUCACUAGUACAUCCUCAUGCAUAUGCUCCGUACGCCUCCAUUGUGCUGGGCUGGCCGCAAAGGUUUAAAUGGCAAACGUCUCAAGCUUCAGUAGAUAAAUCCAAAACUAUCGCAUGUUUAGGCACCACCAGGGUAAGUGCAAAAAUAUGGGAUUUUGCAAGCUGGGUGAACUAGCCCUUUAAAGACGUCUUAAUAUGGGAAAUGCUUGACACUAUGUUUGCUGGAAGAUGAGUAAUGAUAAUAAAACAUGCUAAAUGGCGGUGGCA